GAGAAAAAAACAGACGAAGAAGAAAAGCCGCUGACAAUGUGACGCAGCGCAUGCGCAGCAGUGAGUUUGAUCCUCUCCACAGACAGUUAAAAUGAGCUCCAUCGGGACCGGGGUGAGUGUUUAUAUCUGUGUUUGUCUGAGUUUAUAAAUCCUCUUGAACUUUACUCUCAGUAUUAAUGUGUCAAACUUUAACUAUAUUCACUGAAAAUAUUCAAACUUUGGUCUUAAAUUUCUCUCACUCUGAGCCUUUAGUCUGUUAGCUCAGGGUUAGCCUGCUGAGUCACAGCGAGGCCCGCGAACUGAAAAUGAAAGUUAAUUAUUAAAUGUUAAUUAAAGUUUAAUUUGUUCUGGUUUAAAAGAGGUAAACGAACCAGAAACAAAACUAUAAGAAAAGUCAGCUCUGCAGUGUUUUUGUCUGUGUUUAUAAAAGAUAACGCUGUGUGAGCAGAAUCAAUGCUAACAGCUAACUGUGAUUCAGAACCAAACCCCAUUUAAAAAAACCCAAAAUGAAGCUGCUCUCAGUGUCAGCUCUAAUAUAACAGAAGAAAUAAAACAAAUUUACACUUUAAUUAAACAGUAGAAGGAGGUGAUCUGAUCGGCUCUCAUGUGGUCUUUAAAAAAGGACCUUUUCUUAUGAAAAAGAACAAAAACAUGUUUAUUUUCUUCAGUGUCAGGAAGUCUGUGUGAACGGAUCAGAUCAGAGUCCGGGAUUAAAAACAGGUCUGAGGUUUUAAAGAGAACUGGAGGAAACAGGAGAAUCAAACUGAAGCUCAGUCACAGGGUUGAAGGUCCGAGUUUCAUCUCAGCAGGUUCAGUGGACCAACCAGAGAAAAUCAACACUGAGCUCCACCUCCACCUGCACCUCCACCUGCACAGGUGUUCAGCUGUCAAGACUGAAGAGAGUUCAGAUUUAAGAGUCACUGUUAACCUGUGUGUGUGUGUGUGUGUGUGUGUGUGUGUGUGUGUGUGUGUGUCCUGCAGUAUGAUUUGUCGGCCUCCACCUUCUCUCCUGAUGGGCGGGUCUUUCAGGUGGAGUACGCCAUGAAGGCCGUGGAGAACAGCAGGUCAGCAGAUACUGAUCCAAGAACAGAGACUGGAACCAUCUGAGUCUGACGAUCACUGAACUGUGUGUGUGUGUGUGUGUGUGUGUGUGUGUGUGUGUGUGUGUGUGUGUGUGCAGCACAGCCAUUGCGAUCCGCUGUAAGGACGGCGUUGUGUUCGGCGUGGAGAAGCUGGUUCUGUCCAAACUGUACGAGGAGGGGUCCAACAAACGCAUCUUCAACAUCGACAGACACGUUGGCAUGGUAACCACACACACACACACAUGUAGACAGUAACCUAGCAACAGUCUGAGCGUCAGUGACCAUCGUGGAGGUCAGUCCAGCCCGGUGGUCCGUCCUCUCGUUAGAUCAUCUCCAGACUCUUCCACAGAGGGGGGCGUGGCUACAGGUACGUCUUCCAACCAAUCAGCAGCAGCACACAGUCCGACCAAUCAGCUGUCUGCAGACUGAGAUCAGCUGAUCAAAUCAAUCAAGUCUGCUGUGCUGCUGAUUGGUUAGAAGAACCUGCAGGUACACCGACCCUCUGUGGAGGACUGGAGAUGUCUGAUCUAAAGAGGGUCAGGUGUAGACCCCUCAGUCCACCUUAAACGGACUCAGGUCCAGAGGAGUCUCUGCUGGUUCUGGAUCCUGGUUCUGUCUGAACCUCAUCAGGAGACGCAGAGAUGAUCUGAGUUUUUGAAGUGACUCUGAGUUCAUGUGGUCCAGAGUCCUGAAGAUCAGGACCAUCCAGUCUUGGUCCUGGUCCCGUUAGUACAGAGAUGUUCUGAUGAAACUGUUGAACUGUUUGCUCACGCGGUCUCUCACAGAGUCCUGAACCUCUGAGAGACUCCGCCUCUCUAAACGUCUCAGACCCGGUCAUGUGACCCGGUCGUGUGACGAACCUGUUGGACCUCCAUGUUGGUUGUAGAAGUUCCUGCAGAUGUUUGUUUGUCAUCAGAACCUCUGACCCGUUUGGACCCGUUCGGUUCUUCUUCUUCUCUCAGAGGAACUUUUUCAUUUCUCCUCUUUUCCGUCAUCAACACUCAGAACCAGAACCAGAACUCUGGUGUCUCCAUGUUUGUCCUGCUCACUCUGACCCCGCCCCCUCGCUCUCUCUCUCCAGGCUGUAGCAGGUCUGUUAGCUGACGCUCGCUCGCUCGCUGAUGUCGCCAGAGAAGAGGCGUCCAGCUUCAGGUCGAACUACGGACACGACAUUCCCCUCAAGGUGGGUCUGAGGGUCCUGUGAGGUCACGGCGGACGGCGGUCUGAGAUUGACGCUAAGCUAAUUCUACUUCCUGUCGUUGCAGCACCUGUCAGACAGAGUGGCCAUGUACGUCCACGCCUACACGCUGUACAGCGCCGUACGACCGUUUGGCUGCAGGUGAGUCUGAACUUCCUGUUGAUGUCAUCAUCAGCUGAUCAGGAGGGAUGAUGAAGACCAGGAAGGUUUCGCUCACUGCACUGAGUCGCUGUGAUGUCACUUCCUCUUGGCUGUCUGACCACACACACACACACACACACACACACACACAGUGAGGUUCUGAUUCUGUAGAACAGGAAGUGAGGUCGUUCUCUCUGUCGUCUCUCCUCAGUUUCAUCCUGGGUUCUUUCGAUAAAGAUGACGGUCCUCAGCUCUACAUGGUCGACCCGUCAGGGAUCUCCUACGUGAGUCACACACACACACACACACACACACACACCUGCGUCCCCUCCUGUCCUCAUUUGUCUCCGUUGAUCCGUCCUCUUGUGUUGGAGGGUUUUAAAGCUCCUCUCUCAGUCGAUCCUGUCCUCCUGGACUCUGACGGUCCUGGUGGUCCUCACUUUGGACUGAGCAGGUUCAAUCAGGACCUGAAGACCGGACUGAGGGGGGGGCAGAGAGAUCCCUGAUCUGGUCCUGAGAUUAGGAUCAUGGAGCGGUCCAAUAACUCUCUGUAGUAAAAACAGACGUGUGUGAAUUAUAAACUGUAUUUAGGGUCACAUGUCACAUAAACACGGCAGUGAAGUUAGUUUCAGGUUGGAUAUAUUUUCCUGUAAAUACGGUGGUGAAGUUAGUUUCAGGUUGGAUAUAUUUUCCUGUAAAUACGGCGGUGAAGUUAGUUUCAGGUUGGAUAUAUUUUCCUGUAAAUACGGCGGUGAAGUUAGUUUCAGGUUGGAUAUAUUUUCCUGUAAAUACGACGGUGAAGUUAGUUUCAGGUUGGAUAUAUUUUCCUGUAAAUACAGCGGUGAAGUUAGUUUCAGGUUGGAUAUAUUUUCUGUAAAUACGGCGGUGAAGUUAGUUUCAGGUUGGAUAUAUUUUCCUGUAAAUACGGUGGUGAAGUUAGUUUCAGGUUGGAUAUAUUUUCCUGUAAAUACGGCGGUGAAGUUAGUUUCAGGUUGGAUAUAUUUUCCUGUAAAUACGGCGGUGAAGUUAGUUUCAGGUUGGAUAUAUUUUCCUGUAAAUACGACGGUGAAGUUAGUUUCAGGUUGGAUAUAUUUUCCUGUAAAUACAGCGGUGAAGUUAGUUUCAGGUUGGAUAUAUUUUCUGUAAAUACGGCGGUGAAGUUAGUUUCAGGUUGGAUAUAUUCUCCUGUAAAUACAGCGGUGAAGUUAGUUUUAGGUUGGAUAUAUUUUCUGUAAAUACGGCGGUGAAGUUAGUUUCAGGUUGGAUAUAUUCUCCUGUAAAUACGGCGGUGAAGUUAGUUUCAGGUUGGAUAUAUUUUCCUGUAAAUACGGCGGUGAAGUUAGUUUUAGGUUGGAUAUAUUUUCCUGUAAAUACGGCGGUGAAGUUAGUUUCAGGUUGGAUAUAUUUUCCUGUAAAUAUGACGGUGAAGUUAGUUUCAGGUUGGAUAUAUUUUCCUGUAAAUACGGCGGUGAAGUUAGUUUCAGGUUGGAUAUAUUUUCCUGUAAAUACGGCGGUGAAGUUAGUUUCAGGUUGGAUAUAUUUUCCUGUAAAUACGGCGGUGAAGUUAGUUUCAGGUUGGAUAUAUUUUCCUGUAAAUAUGACGGUGAAGUUAGUUUCAGGUUGGAUAUAUUUUCCUGUAAAUACGGCGGUGAAGUUAGUUUCAGGUUGGAUAUAUUUUCCUGUAAAUACGGCGGUGAAGUUAGUUUCAGGUUGGAUAUAUUUUCCUGUAAAUACGGCGGUGAAGUUAGUUUCAGGUUGGAUAUAUUUUCCUGUAAAUACGGCGGUGAAGUUAGUUUCAGGUUGGAUAUAUUUUCCUGUAAAUACGGCGGUGAAGUUAGUUUCAGGUUGGAUAUAUUUUCCUGUAAAUACGGCGGUGAAGUUAGUUUCAGGUUGGAUAUCUGACGGACAUUCUCUGAGGAUCUACCGGUGUCUUCUCACUCUCCAUAACCAGGAAUAACAACAGCAGCGCGGUUAAAUCUACUCGACACCCUCACUGUCAACGUCAGUGUUGAAUAAGGGACCGUCAAUAAAUUACCGGUUGAUGUUCUCAGAAAAGGCUGUUUUCCUUCAAUAGCUUCACUGUCAUGUGACCAAAAGACCUAAAAUUGAUUUCUAAUAAUAGUACUAAGGUCGAUCAAUAAGACAAACAUUAUUGAUCAGUUUUCAUUGAUCCCCUGAAGUUCUUUGUGCUCCUUACUUUUUUAACUCAGGAGAACAGAGUUAGAGUCGAACCCUGAGACAGAUGAGGUUCAACCCAGAAUCUCCUGCAGGAGGACAACAGGCGUGUCCUCAGAGUCAGCAGAGUCCUCCUGGUUCCUCCUGGUUCCUCAUGUCUCUAAGUGUGGUGAUAGUUUCUCUAGACCUGAUCCUCUUCAGGUCCCCUCCUGAAACCAGGACCAGAGUCCGCCCCCCUUCGACCCUCUUUGUUUAUUAGAACUCAGUCUGACAUAGUUCUGGUCUGAACCUCCAUGUGGACCUCAUCAGUACCCCCCACUCCAGUCCUCCUCCUCUGUACUCCUGCUGUGACUGUGUGUGUGUGUCCCAGUAAUCCCAGUCUGUUUGUGUUCAGGGUUACUGGGGCUGUGCCAUCGGGAAAGCCAAACAAGCUGCAAAGACGGAGAUCGAGAAGCUGCAGGUGAGUCUGACCUCUGACCUCUUAACUCUGUGUUCUGAUUGGUUUAAAGAGCUUUAAGACACUUCUGACCUCUGACCUGUGUGUGUGUGUGUGUGUGUUCAGAUGAAGGAGAUGACGUGCAGGGAGCUGGUCAAAGAGGUCGCCAAAAUGUAAGUGAACAACAUUCACGGGGGGGGGGGGCUGAGCUCAGGUCCAGAUGAAGUGAAGACAAGUCCUCACUGUCCUCUCUGUCCUCACCGUCCCCUCUGUCUCCUCUGUCUCCUCUGUCCUCUCUGUCCCCUCUGUCCUCUCUGUCUCCUCUGUCCUCUCUGUCCUCACUGUCUCCUCUGUCCUCUCUGUCUCCUCUGUCUCCUCUGUCCUCAGAAUCUACAUCGUCCACGACGAGGUGAAGGACAAAGCCUUUGAGCUGGAGCUCAGCUGGGUCGGAGAAGGUCAGUGUGUCUGUCUGUGUGUGUGUCUGUGUGUGUGUCUGUGUCUGUCUGUGUCUGUGUCUGUCUUUGUGUGUCUGUGUCUGUCUGUGUGUGUCUGUGUCUGUCUGUGUCUGUGUGUGUCUGUGUCUGAUUCUCACGGAGGUGUUUGGCGUUUAGGAAGCCCGUGGAGACCCCUCAGGUAAACAGGUUAAAAUGUUUAACAAACAGAAAUCCUGAUGAAACUUCCAGAGUUUAAAACAUGAAGACGAAUGUUUUUAAAGUUCAGUCAGCUGUUUGAAUCUGUAAAUGAGGUCAUAUAUCUCAUUAAAUCUGCACUGAAAACUGACCGACAGAUAAAGAACCUUUAAAAUUCUUGUUUUAUUUGGUUAUUUAUCUCCAUGUGAGUCUGUCUGCGGGUCACUAACUGGACCGAUCAUCACUCAUUAAUAUGUUCAUUAGAAUAUCACAUGAUCCAAACAUGGAUCAGGCGCAGGUGUUCCUGACCGACAACAGAGUCAGGAUCAUUUUAGGGUCCUGAACAAACACAUGGAGGUAUUUUAGGGCUGGUUUCAGUUUUUCCUCAUUUACAGGUAAAAACAGAGAAACUAAGCCCCGCCCCCUUCUGACUCUAGUCUGUCAACAAAAUAAAACAACAUCUGACUCAACUUGUAAAAAUAUUUAAUGUCAGUUAUAAACUCUGGAAGUUUCAUGGUGAUAUCUUUACCUGGGGGGUCUCCUACCAUCAUGGACGCCAUCUUGAAAAUGACGCCUUUCUCGUGGUCAAACUUUGGUCAACUGUGAGUUUGUUAUUAAGGACGUCUAAAAAACAGCUGAGGAACCUUUGGUAGAAUUAUUUUAGGGUCAUAUUUGUACCGACUAUUAUCCUCACAUUCAGGGUUCAUGUGUCUCCAAAUCACGUCAUCAAUAAUAUUGAUUAUCAACGUUAAUCUGUGGGACAAAACCACAUGAGUUCUGGUCCAGACCUGCUGUGGACCCGGGUCUGACCAGCAGGGAGGGGUGAUGAAAGUCAGGAAGGUUUCGCUCAUUGGACUGAACUCCAGUGAUGUCACUUCCUCUUGGCUGACACACACACACACGAACACACACACACACACAGACAGGUGUGUUUUCUGUGAUGAUCAGAGCAGACUCAAACUUGAACAGGUGAAACUUCGUCCUCUCCCUCUCUCUCUCUCUCUCUCUCUCUCUCUCUGAACACGUCCUGAUGAUGAUGAUGAUGAUGAUGAUGAUGGUUUUGUUGCCAUGGAGACACUCCUGAAUCUCUCCUCUGGUCUGUCUCCUCUCCUCAGUCACAAACGGACGACACGAGCUCGUACCCAAAGACGUCAGAGAGGAAGCUGAGAAAUACGCCAAGGUGAGACAUGCGCACACACACAUGCACACACACACACACACACACACAUGCACGUGCACAGUCAGCUGAUGUCCUCCCUCUGUGUGUGUGUGUUUCAGGACUCUCUGGAGGAGGAGGAUGACUCUGAUGAAGAUAACAUGUAAAGGCAGCACUGGACCCCCUCCUCCUCCACCUCGGACCCUUUUUUAUGUUUUCUAGUUCUCCUUCAUUCUUCUGGUUGUUUUUUUUUCUUUUGGUUUGAUGAAUUUCAGCUUUUUUGAAAAUAAAAAAGUUGAGGAAAGUU